AUGGCAUAUCCGCUCACUCAAUUAGCUGCUUUUAUAUUACUUCACUAUUCGCUUGGCUAUCCGUCGAAGAUUAUAAUAAAAUCCUUCACAACGAGGAGUGAAAACACCGAAGAUACAGUACGUGCUCUACAAUACGCUGAGGAAGAGAUCAAUGGUCGGGAGGAAAAUCCAUUCAGCGGUCUGGCAGAUACGUUAGAAUUGCCACUGAUUACUGCCACUCCAUAUGCUGCUCAGCCUGAACUCGGCGCAAUAGGUUUUGAGCUGGCCAUACGACCCUCUCCUUGUGAACUCCUUGCUGAUUUGAUUGUUCUCAAAGGGUGGACGAAUGUUGUUUUGAUUUCUGAUAUGAAACAUCAAGGAGUAUCAUUACCAUUGCUUUGGCACUGGCUUCACAUUAAAUCAAACGCCUCAGUAUCGGCACAAUUGGUGGAGAUGCCAGCCGACGAGGAAACUUUUGAUAAUUUCCUCAGAGAAUUUAACUUGAGAAGGAGCGCUAGUGCAAAUAGGAUCUUAAUUGAUUCUACCUCAAUCAGUCGUUUGAAAAAGUUCUUGAUGGCAAUCCGAGCGGCCCAGUUCAACCAAGCCAAUUACCACUAUGUCGUCGCAAAUUUUGACUUCUUGCCGUACGAUAUCGAACUAUUUCAACAUGGCAACAUAAACGUGACCGGUUUCCAAAUUAUCGAUCGGGAUCAAAGGUCGUUAUUUCAUCUGAAGCGGUAUUUACGGAAAGAACUACAGCGAGACAAAAUUGAUAAUUAUGACGACGCCCCGGCUCAUGUGGGGUUCGCGCACGACGCGAUGAUGGUGGCUUGGUGGGGAUUCUCACGUGCCCUGCUACAAAAUGAUUCAUUAUUUCAUGGGACUUUUCGUCAUGGCAAGUUCUACAAUCGCGGAUAUGAAGGAAUUUAUUGCGACCCGUCAGCAGACAGAGGCCAUCCCGGUCGACCAUUUGCCUCAUUUGAGCACGGGCUCACCAUUAUACGAGCGAUGCGUGGACUACGGCUUGGGGCCGCCGAAGGGACCCUUACUGGACAUAUCGAAUUCGAUAUGAAAGGACAGAGGAUACGGUAUGAGAGCAAAGUGAUCGACCUAGUAUCAAACAUUAAAAGUGCAUUCAACAUGAAAGAGGUGAUGGUAUGGAGGCAAGGACACGGUUUCAUUGUGGAUAAAGCUAUGGCUGACCACAGCAGAAAACAGUUAGAAGGAAGAUCUGAUCGAGUGGUUAGGGUGGCAACAACCCUGGUACAUCCCUUUGUCAUGCUGAAAGAAGAUUGUCGCGAUGGAAACAACCGUACUGAAUGCCUCGGAAACAAUCGAUUCGAGGGUUAUUGUAUUGAUUUACUAGACUUACUAAUCGAACGAAUCCAAGAUUUCCAUUAUGAAAUAAGACUAACUGAUAAGACUGGUUCAAAAAAGCCGGACGGUUCAUGGGAUGGAUUAGUUGGUGAAUUGCUAGAUGGUCGAGCCGACGUCGCCGUUGCAUCACUCACAAUUAAUCAGGAUCGAGAACGAGUGCUUGACUUUUCAAAACCUUUUAUGACGACUGGCAUCUCGAUUAUGAUUAAAAAACCCGACAAGCAGGAACUAUCUGUUUUCUCCUUCAUGCAACCGCUUUCUUCGGAAAUUUGGAUGUAUAUUAUUUUUGCCUAUGUUGGGGUUUCUGUUGUCAUUUUCCUGGUCUCACGGUUCUCGCCAUACGAAUGGCGCGUUGAAGAAACGGCCAGGGGAGGUUUCACAAUUUCCAAUGAUUUCUCGGUAUAUAAUUGUUUGUGUUCGAUUUCUGGGAGAAUAGCAUCUUCGGCGUGGUGGUUUUUCACGAUGAUCAUUGUGUCUUCUUAUACCGCUAACCUAGCGGCUUUUCUGACGCUGGAGAAAAUGCAGGCCCCCAUUGAGAGUGUCGAUGAUCUAGCCAAGCAGUCAAAGAUUAAAUAUGGAAUCCAAGCCGGCGGCUCCACUGCUCAGUUUUUCAAGCACAGCUCAGUUCAGAUUUACCAAAAAAUGUGGCGCUAUAUGGAGUCACAAGUGCCUUCGGUGUUUGUUUCCAGUUAUGCUGAGGGAAUCGAAAGGGUGCGGACAAGCAAAGGACGAUAUGCGUUUUUAUUGGAGGCAACGGCGAACGAAUAUGAAAACACUAGAAAGCCUUGUGACACGAUGAAAGUUGGCGCCAAUUUGAAUAGUAUUGGAUAUGGUGUCGCCACACCUUUUGGAUCUGAUUGGAAGGACCACAUUAAUCUCGCAAUCUUGGCACUACAAGAGAAAGGCGAACUCAAAAAACUUGAAAACAAAUGGUGGUACGACCUUGGGCAGUGCGAUGCUGGGAUCCCGAUGGAUGGAUCAUCCGCAUCGCUAAAUUUGUCGAAAGUCGCCGGGAUAUUUUACAUCUUGAUGGGUGGCAUGGUCGCUUCUAUGGUUGCGGCAUUAGGGGAAUUCCUCUAUAGAUCUCGAAUAGAAGCUCGUAAAAACAAUGCUCCUUCGUUGACUUCAUCAUUUGCGAAGAAUCUGAAAUCGGCACUCUCAUCACAAUUGAGACUAUCAAUCAAAGGCGGAGCAGUCGCUCAGCCAGGGACACAAUCGCAUGAUGCUCUCAGAAAGCAGAAGGCCGCAUCAUUUCUACCCGCUUCCAGUGAAGACCAAAAAUCCACAGAUCGCAACCCCACAUUUCCCUAUAACACCGCCGUA